AUGGAAGGGAAAGAGAAAGAAGAAGCAAGGAGGAGGAUGAUGAUGAAGAUCAAACUUAAGGAGACACAGCAAGAGAUUAGCCAUGAAGACAUUAAAAGACAAGAAGCUUACAACAUGUCUCCACGUGCACGUGGUGGAGGUGGUGGUUCGGUGGCUAUGGGAAAAUCAUCGAGCGUGAGGCUAAACUGUUUAUGUGCACCAACCACACACCCUGGCUCCUUCAGGUGCCGUUACCACCGCCGUAACGCUGGACUCGGUAUGUCACGUGGCAUUUCCGUUCCGUCUAACCUGUCCAUGCUGGCAGGAGGUGUUUCUAAUUCUGCCUCUCCCAAGUCUUCCCAUGAUUAA